GCGCCAGUAUGCGUGCACUGCUGCACAUGAAUACAUCGGAUUUGAUGGAAUUUAGUUGCUGUGAUGGCGCUGGUACACUCGGUACCGGUUAACAAAUCUCAAACAAAUUCAUGAUUAAAAAUAAAGAUAAAGAGAUCGGAGUCUGUGUAAUUUCGGAAGUUUAAGACGAAUUCAACAUAAUCAAAAUGACGACGUCUUCAGAAGACGUGUUAAUGCAAGUAGGCCAAGUUCGCUACAAAAAGGGUGACGGUACUUUGUUCAUAAUGAACGAGAGAAUAGCCUGGAUGCUUGACAACAAACACACGUUUUCCGUAAGUCACAAGUACACAGACAUCAAAUCACAAAAAAUUUCACCCGAAGGCAAGAUCAAAAUUCAACUACAAGUAGUUCUUCAUGAUGGCCAAUCAUCAACAUUUCAUUUUAUCAAUACAAAAGGAAUAGAGGCUCAAAUUCAAGACAGGGAUCAAGUCAAAGAUAUGUUGCAACAGCUUUUGCCUAAGUUCAAGAGAGAAAUCGAUGAGCAGCUACAAGAAAAGAAAAGAAUAUUGUUGGAAAAUCCAGAACUUCAGCAACUGUAUCGUGAUUUGGUUAUACCUAAAAUUGUUACAUCUGAAGAAUUCUGGGAACAACAUGCUACACAAUAUACACACGCUAAAAUGGUCCCUCGUCAAGAUAUAGGAGUCAACAGUGCCUUCCUCACUGGUAUAAAACCUCAAGCAGAUGGCUGUAAUGGACUAAAAUAUAAUUUGUCAAGUGACAUAAUAGAAUCGAUAUUCAAAACAUAUUCCGCAGUGAAAAAGAAACAUACUGAGUAUGUACCUGCCAAGAUGUCAGAUGCAGAGUUUUGGGCUAAAUUUUGCCAGUCCCACUACUGUCAUAGAGAUCGUAUUAACCUAGGGACCAAAGAUAUUUUCACUGAAUGUGCCAAAAUCGAUGAACAGGAAAUGAAAAAAGACAUUCAAGCUGGUAUCGAUGACCCAUUAGUGGAUAUUAAUAGCUUCGACGAUGUUAAUAUGGAAGAGCUGUUUGAUAUUGGUAUUGGAAAAUCUGACAAAACCUCUGGCAAUAAUAUCCAUCAAAAUAUGAUCAAAAGGUUCAACCAGCACAGUAUAAUGGUAAUGAAAGCUAAUGCUACCAACAAAGAAUCUGCAUCGAAAGAGCAGCCUCAAACAAAUGGUUCAACAAAUAAAAGUUUAGUAAACAAUCAAACCUCGAUUGGUCCACCCACUGCAAAAAAACAACGUGUAAAAGAAAAGAUCAUACUUGAGGAUCUUGACACCAAAAGUGAUGUACAAAUAAACACUGAUCCACCUCUAGUAUUAACCCAGGUAGAUAGGUACUUGCAUGGGCCGGUCCCAAAUGCAGAAAAUAAUCAUGAUACUAAUAUAGAACAAGUGAAAACUGUCGCUGUUGAAUUAAUGAGAGAAGUUAAGAAAUGGGCCAAUGCUUCAUAUUUACCACGGCAGCCUUCUAAUCUACUGGUCAGUACUGAUGCAGCUUUAUUUGCCUUGGGAGAACUGAGUCCAGGAGGAGCACUGAUGAAAGGGUUCCGGAGAGACAGUCUGGGUCAAGCAGUCCCCAAGGAUGUUGAAAGGGAACUUGCCAGUGUGUAUGUGAGUACGUGUGAAUUGUUGAAGCAUUUUUGGCGAUGUUUCCCACCGACGACACCGCAACUUGAAGAAAAAGUUACGAGAAUGCACGCAGCAUUGCGCAACUUUCAUACUGUUAAACUAACACCAUUUGAGGAUCGCUUGCAACGAGAUUAUUCCGCUGUUAGUCAGCAUAUCACAAGCCAUCUUAAUCAAUUACUCGAUGCUGCCUAUAGAAGAUUUGCCCUUUGGCAACAACGACGAGGUGGGCAAUUGAGAUAGCCUGCAGAGUCAACUGGAUUGUGUUCAAACUAUGUCGCUUAAUAUUUAUACUUGGCACUUUUAUACUUUAUUACUUUCGAUCGUUUGAACAAGUUGACAAACAAUCGUUAUUAUUUAUAAAAAAAGACUUGUGAUGUUAAAUGUCAAUCUUCAGUCGAAAAUAACGAAAGAAAUGUAUAAUUUUGCAAAAAAAAAUUUACAUGGAUAAAUUUAAUGUUUGAUAGACAUCGUUAAAAGUUCAUUACUUUUUCAACUUCAUUAGUUCCUUCUUCUGAGAAAUGUAUAAAUGUAAAAAUGAUGUUUCUAUUCUGGAAAUUUUUUAAGUGCCCAGAUGAAACUGUAUUAAAUACGAAAACUAUUUAAAUUAAAUAA